AUGCAAGCUUCUUCUUCACUUAAACGUGCUGGAGGUAGUUCCCGAAGAACAGUUCGACCUUUGAAUCCAGCCCUUGUUUAUGACUAUACACUUCGAUGUGCCAUCCAUGCCUGUUUAGAACAACAUAACAAACAACAAAAGUCCGCUCCAUUACGAGAACCCCACAAAAGUAUUCACAGACACUCGGUUCAUUUGGGUGGUGUGAGUGAUGUGUUUGGUAACCUGGCAGACAAACUUACAGGUGACGAAGCCACGGUCAGCAAAGACAAACUAACAAAGCCUGUGGUGGUCGGAUUGAUGAAAAGACUGGAUGACAUCAAGGAAGGCAAAGAUAUCUCAAGACCAGAAUAUCGCGACCGUCGGUUUAUUUUGAUUGUUAAACAAGUACGGGAUGUCGUGAAACAGCACAGGUAUCGCCCUCAAGGUUCGAUUAAUGAUUUGGUGGUCACUUUUCUUCGCACCAGUGAAACUGAACUUAAAAAGAUGGAUCCAAAUCCAGCUGUCUGGUUCAAAGAGUUGGAUCGUUAUGUGGUCUUGUUUACCGAAGUCUUGUUGCUUGUGCUUAAAGAAGAUGCACCUAAUAGUGCUUCAUUUGAACUGAUAGAGACAUUGAGUAAAUCUAUUUUGCCACCCAAGACAAAGAGACAGCAGCAACAGGAACAGCGAAAGAGUAUGAUGAUUAACACACCAACAGACAUCUUGGAAGUGAUUGAAAAUUUCUCUAUGGUUCAGACAGUACAAAACUUAUUUCAGAUCGAGAAUUCAAUCCACAGGCAGAAAAUACGAGAAUUACAAUCCAUUUGUACAGAAUCCGUAAGUGGUAUUAACUUUUUUUUGGAUCUUAAACAACUGAUUAAUGCAGUCAAUACAAACCAACCUUUUCCUGGCAGAAGAGAAGACUUUUCAAGUCAACAAGCCUAUGAUACUUGGGUUGGAAGAGAAAAGAAGUACUUGCAAGGCUUAAUGACAAUCAUGGUCACUAGUUCAAGUCUUUCUUUAAACAUCAGUAGUGAACAAGAUGUAGGUUCAACCAAUCUUUUGUCUGGUGUAGGUAUUGGCAGAAGAUCCAGCGAUUCAAAAAGAGCUUCCAUGUAUAGUAAUCCAGGCACAACAGACGAUAACCCAUACACUUACAUCCCAAAUGAUCCUCGGUCUUAUUUCCGUCUCCUAAUGAAUAUGUGUGUUGACCUCGACACAAGCAUUUCUGUAGAUACUGAGCGUGCUAAGUCCAGUGUGUUGUCGCAAGCAUCUGAGGAUCUUUUACGUGAAUGUUGGAAGACGUGGCGUCUUUCUCAACCCUUUCGAGCUGUUCUCUAUCUUGAAAUUAUUCAGAAUCGAAUGGAAACUGAAGAAUAUCAAGGCGAGAUUGAUAUUAUUGAAGCAAGAGAUGCUAUGCGCGCAGUAGACAAAUGUAUUAAAGAAAAUGAGAUUCGAAACUGGACUAUUCAUGAUCGAGAAAAAUUGAUACGUGUGUUUGGAGGUCUAAAGAAUACUUGUCUGCGUUCUUUGGCUGAAUCCUUGUCUCAAUAUUGGCGAGUCAAACCUGAAUUUGUUAAAGAACAAAUAGGCUUAUUGGAUUCUGUUUAUGAAAGUCCUGCCUAUUUAGAAGACCAUUCAGAGUCAAGCGACCAAUUCAACUUGUUAGAAGAUACAAUUGCUGGUGCGGCUGUUUCGAGAUGGAGAGUAUUUGAAAAAUCCAUCCUAGAUCCCAAGAAUGAUGAUAUGAUGAAUUUGAUGAAUAUGGCCGAUAAACUAAUCAAAGAACUAGUGGGUGUUGCCAAAAAGUUCAAAAAGCCAUUAAGAGGGACACUGCAUUUACCGGGCAUUGUGAUGGCUCGUCAAAUGCCAUUUUUUGUAUUAGAAAUGGAGAACUGGGCUUUUCUUCCAGAAGCGAGAAAUGCACCUAUUGAUCUCACAUUUCAAAUGUAUGACAAAGUGCUCACGCUCAAACGACUUUAUGAUCAGUAUGGACCCAAACAAAAAUCUGCCUUGUUUAAGGUAGAAUCAUGGUUCUUGCUACAUGUUCGUCGUUGGCUCAAGACAACAGCAGGAGAAACACCUGAAUGGGUUAGAAAUGCAAUCAAACAAGACGAGUUUAAACCCAUUAGUGAGACUACCAUGCAUUCUUCUUCCAUUGUAGACUUGUUUACUAUGUUUCAUCAAGCUGUUGAUUUUGUACAGAAAUUAGAAUGGCCUAAUAGUUUACAAGAAUGUCGUUUCAAUACUGCUCUUUCCAAAGUAAUUGGUGUGGCCCUUGAACAAUACACAACAGAAAUAGAAGACAUGAUUUCCAUGGAUAUUUAUCCCCGUGCUUAUAGAGAAGAUGGUACCAAUCCAAACAUCAAUUUCUUUGACAGGGCUCGUCAUCAAUUGAUUGGCAAUCGCACCCAUGGCAAAGGACUAGAAGAACCUUAUGAUUUCUUGGCCGAGACAUGCAUCAAGAUCAACAAUGUAGAAGCAGCACGUACAAAACUAGACAGACUCUAUCAAAAUAUGGAUGUGGAUGAAAUCGCUCAAGAAAUGAGAGAAUAUGAAUCCCAAUUAUCACCUACGCCGAGCGAGAAAUCAGAGCAGACAAAUUACAUGUAUUCUAUCAAAAUUGUGCGUGCUGAGAACUUGCCGCCUGCAGACAAUAAUGGAUUGAGUGACCCUUACAUUGUGCUCGAGAUUGAUUCUAAACCUAUUGCAAGAACAAGAACAGUAUAUGAAACUCUAAAUCCUCGGUGGGACCAAGUAUUUGAUAUAUGGCUUAAGGACGAAACAGUGGAUGUAUUGGCAUUAGUAUAUGAUGAGGAUGUGAUCGGUGCUGAUGAGGAAUGUGGUGGUGUUUGGUUCAAACUAGGUCCUUCUUAUUAUGGUGAUUUCCAGACACACGAGCUGGUCUUGAAUUUCAAUCCUCAGGGCAAACUUGUGUUGCGUAUCAGUAUGGAGGGAGAAAAAGACGAUAUUCAGUUUUGGUUCGGUAAAGCAUUCCGUGUACUUAAGCGAGCCGAAAAUGAUGCAGCAGGUCUUAUUGUGGACAAGAUGAGUGCUUAUUUCCGUCAAGUACUGAGUCGCAAGUCAUUGGAUAAAUUACUAGGACGUGAUCGUAGCUUCUUUUCAUCAUUUUCAAGAUCAAGCAAACAUGUAGAUCCAACACUACAAGACUGCGAAGAUUCCAUUGCACCUUUAUUGGACUAUCUGGAAAAGAAUUUGAAGACGUUGAAUGACAACCUGUCAGAGACAAACAUGCAACUUGUGGUAUUAAGAAUAUGGAGAGAAAUCCUUCUCUCUUUGGAAAAUGUGUUGCUGCCACCUCUUUCAGAACAAUUAUCCGAAUUGAAGCCAUUAGAUGAUUAUGAAUUCCAUGUUGUAUAUAAAUGGUUAGAGCUUCUAAAAGUGUUGUUUAAUGGUGGUGAAGAUGGCGAUGCUGUUCCAUUAGACAAACUGGAAAAUUCGCAAUACUAUGCUCUACUUGCUAUUAAUGUUGCAUAUAACCUUGAGACGGACCAAUUAAUUGAAGGAUACAACAAUACAGUCAAGAACCAACUUGAACUUAAAUUGCGUGGGGGCAGAAAAGCAGAUAGAAGUAAAUCCGUCUAUCAUUCGAAAAACACUGUCAGGAAGCGAAAAUCAACCAAGAAAUCAGUCUCAAUUGAUUUACCUAAUAGUGACACCAUUCUUCGUAUUUUACGUAUGCGAACAGGUAAAAAAGUACGCGACUUUUUACGCGCUGAAUUCGAAAAACGCAAUAACCCAACAGCAUUCAUGAACCUGGAUGAAGAUAAUAAGGAGUCCUCUCAAGCUGAAAUUCCUGUUAUUGCAGCCAUUCCAACCAAUGACCUUACACCCACAAGUGAAAAUGUCACACCUUUACGAUAAUAAUAAAAUUCAAAAUCAGAUUUUUGACAUGUUUAAAAAAAA